CGUAUAUUAAGAUUUGAAAGCUAAAUACAGUCAGGCGCUAGUUUGGAUGCCUUGCGCGAGGCGAGUGUGAUACAUUCGUGCAUUGCUUUGUUUUGAGAAGUGUGGACAUGCUCGCAUUUUGUUGAUUUGAGAAGUGAAAGUGAACGUGCGUGUACUUCUGUGUGUGCGUGUCGUGUGUCUGGAGGGUCUGUGUGUGAGUAGGGGAUUGGCAAGGAUGUCAAAGAGAGGUAAGAAGAAGGAGGAAGCAGCAGCUGCAGCAGAUGGCGACAAGGACAACGGUGCUGCCCCACCUGCCAAGAAAGGCAAGAAGGAGAAGGAACCGGAAGCCCCUAUACUGUAUGAAGACCCCCCAGACAAAUUGACCACUAAUGAUGGCCGUGCAGCCAACAUGAAGAUCACUUCAUGGAACGUGGAUGGUUUGCGGGCCUGGGUCAAGAAGAAGGGUCUGGAUUGGGUCCGCGAGGAAUCCCCCGACGUGCUGUGCUUGCAGGAGACCAAGUGUUCAGAGAAGGCCCUUCCUCAAGACAUCACCUCCAUGCCUGAGUUCCCCCAUAAGUACUGGGCUGGUUCUGAGGAUAAGGAGGGCUACAGUGGGGUGGCCAUGCUUUGCAAAACCAAGCCCCUAAACGUCACCUUUGGCAUUGGCAAAGAAGAGCAUGACAAGGAAGGGAGGGUGAUUACUGCGGAGUUCCCCACCUUCUACCUGGUCACGGCCUAUGUGCCGAACGCUGGCAGGGGCCUUGUGCGACUUGACUACCGCAAGACCUGGGAUGUGGACUUCCGGGCCUACCUGAGCGGGCUGGAUGAGAAAAAACCCCUGGUCCUCUGUGGUGACCUGAACGUGGCUCACCAGGAGAUCGACCUGAAGAACCCCAAGGGUAACCGAAAGAAUGCUGGGUUCACCGCUGAAGAGCGUGAGGGGUUCACUCAGCUGCUGUCCGCCGGCUUUGUUGACAGCUUCCGGGAGCUGUACCCAGAGCAGGCCAAUGCCUACACCUUCUGGACCUACAUGAUGAAUUCCCGCUCCAAGAACGUGGGCUGGCGGCUGGACUACUUUGUGCUCUCCAGCAAGCUGAUGUCGGCACUGUGUGACAGCAAGAUUCGUAAUUCGGCGAUGGGCAGUGACCACUGCCCAAUCACCCUCCACUUUGCUGUGUAGCUCGCCUGCCUCUUUGGCUGGUUCGUCCCAUCUCGUUAUCUUUUACACGCUGAAAAAGAUAGGCAAACCAUUUUGGCCUUAUCCUGCAUAGCUUACUAGAACCUCACGCCCUUCGAUGUUCUCUUUUUUCCCUUAUCCAUGCUAACGGCAACCAUGCUGUUUUUUGUUUCGAAAACAAACAAAUUAAAUUUUGUUCUGUGUUUCUGAAUAAAGUUUACGUUUUUAACAAAA